AUGAAGAUUACUGUGCUGGUUGCCCUCCUUCUCGUCCUACGCACCUUUGCGGCACUGGAGACCGACCCUGAGGGCGGCGUCUGCUCCCGUCAGCUCAACAACAGUCAGAACAUCACGGUGGUGGCGGCGCCUGGAGCCAAGGGCGAGCCGGGGACUGAGGGGCCGAAAGGACCAAAAGGUGAACCAGGUGAGAAAGCUCCAAGAGGCGUGCCAGGUAAACUGGGUCCGGUUGGACCGGCAGGCGAGAAGGGAGACAAAGGUGAACAGGGACCGGCAGGUGAGAAGGGAGCACCUGGUACCAGCCCUCCUGCCCCACCUGUCGUGGCGUUUUCCGCAGUGAGAACGACCAAACUUGAGAAGCCUUCGUCCCACACGGUGCUGACGCAUGACGUCAUCCUUAGCAACGUGGGCGGGGCCUACAACCAGGAGACGGGGAAGUUUGUGGCUACAGUCGGAGGCGUCUACUUCUUCACCUUUACCGGUAUGACACCAAAUCUACCCAACAUCAACUAUUUCGUUCGUCUCAUGAAGAAUGGUUCACCGAUGGUCGGUCUAUACGAGAACAACGGCGGAAGCCCCCAUCACCAGUCCGGCAGUAACAGUGCCAUCCUGCAGCUCCAGCCUGGGGACGAGGUUUGGGUGCUGCUGUGGGGCGGUCACAGUUUGUACAGUAAUUCCAAUAGGUACCUCACGUUUUCCGGGUUCCUCAUCCACGCAGACUAACACAUAAACAUCCCUACUUUAUUCUAAAUCGUCGUAAUCAUCAUUUUCAUCAUCAUUAUGAAGCGUUGGGAUAAAAAGAGAUGAUGGGAAUUUACCGGUAGAUUAA